AUGUCGACCCUCGAUCACACCAAGUUGACUUUCACCCUCAACACCGGCGCCAAGAUCCCCGCCGUUGGUCUGGGUACCUGGCAGUCCAAGCCCAACGAGGUCAAGGAGGCCGUGAAGACUGCGCUGGCCAAGGGAUACCGUCACAUUGACACCGCUCUUGCCUAUGGCAACGAAGCAGAGGUUGGCGAGGGUAUCAAGGAGUCGGGUGUUCCCCGCGAAGAGAUCUGGGUGACCACCAAGCUGGACAACACCUGGCACCACCGUGUCCAGGAGGGUAUUGACUCCUCCCUCAAGAGCCUUGGUCUUGAUUAUGUCGAUCUCUACCUGGUGCACUGGCCCAGCUCCACGGACCCGAAUGACAAGAAGAAGCACCUGCCUGACUGGGACUUCAUCAAGACCUGGCAAGAGAUGCAGAAGCUCCCUGCUACCGGCAAGGUCAAGAACAUCGGUGUCUCCAACUUCGGAAUCAAGAACCUGGAGAAGCUCCUGAACGACCCGAGCACCAAGAUCGUUCCUGCGGUCAACCAGAUUGAGCUGCACCCCAAUAACCCAUCGCCCAAGCUGGUCGCCUAUAACAAGGAGAAGGGCAUCCACUGCACAGGUUACUCUUGCUUGGGAUCGACCAACUCGCCUUUGUACAAGGACCAGACCCUCCUGACGUUGGCGGAGAAGAAGGGCAAGACUCCCCAGCAGGUUCUGCUUCUGUGGGGUCUGCAGAAGGGCUGGAGUGUCAUCCCCAAGUCCGUCAACAAGGAGCGCAUUGAGAAGAACUUCGAGCUGGACGGCUGGGAGCUCUCUGAGGACGAGAUCAAGGCGCUGGACAACCUGCCCGACCGUUUCAAGGUCUGCGGUGACGACUGGCUUCCUGUCAAGGUCUUCUUUGGUGAUGACGAGUAA